AUGGCCAGCAUGACAUCUACGCUCAGCAUUUCACCCAAAUCACCGAAACUCCGAAAACCGAGAUCUAACGCAAGUUCAGUACGUAGCUUAAGUCCGCAACCUAUCAUCAGCCGUGAUGAAAAUGAUGCCCUACGAAGAUACGUCGAUGAAAUUGUGUUGACUUUUGUGAGCGCACGGGAGAGAGGCUACAAUUUUUCUUCUGUAGCCGAUUGCAUUCGUCAAACCAUUAGUACGCAAAUUUACGAAGAACAUCAACUCUUCAACUGGCUCAGGAAUAAUCAAAAUACGGCACAAUACACAACGCUAUUGGGAUUCUUUUACUUCCAAGGAAUAGGUACCCAGCGAACAGAUAAGCGUAAAGGGUUUCACUUAUUCUUGACGGCUGCAAAAAUGGAAUAUUAUGUUGCGCAAGAUCUAGUCGCCGAUUGCUAUUGCUUUGGUCAUGGCACACCGAAGAUGCCGGAGUUAAGUUUCGAGUGGUAUCAGAAGGCAAAUCACAAUGGUAGCACCGACGGUGAAUUCGGUUUAGGAUAUUGUUACGAUAUGGGGAUUGGGGUGAAAAAGAAUUUGGUCAAGGCAAUUCAACAUUACAAGAAUGCCUCAAAGAAAGAAAACCGAUCAGCGAUGUUUCUAUUAGGGCAAUGUUAUGAUCUAGGACUGGGAGUUGAGAGAGAUCGAGAACAGGCAAUAAACUGGUAUAAGAAAGCCAUAGAAUAUGGAAACACAGACGCGCGAGAACCCCUAGAAGAAUUGUUGAAGGAAGGUAAUUCCGAAUCGAACGAAUCCGAAUAG